AUGUCCGACAGCAGCGAGAAGCGGGGCACGGGCGAGAAACCCCCCAGCAACCCCAGCAAACAGGCCAAUUCGCGCAAAGAUACCACUGAAAACCAGAGCUCCCCGUCGCUCGCCAGUCGGAUCCAAAGCUCGGCCUCGGGGCUGGCAAGAAGUGCCUUCUCCGCGACCGGGCCCUCGGCGAAUGCAGCUCAAGUCCUCGGCGGCGGCAGCAAAGCUGGCCCGUCGUCGCCAGCGACCGCAGCCCUCGCAGCGGUAGACCAACACAGGGAUACUACUGCGCCGGCCUCGUCGACGAGGGGGCAAUCCGCACAUCUCCCGGCAGACUCGUUUCGAUCGGCAUCAACGGGUCAGCACGGUGCCUUCGAGCUGCCCCCACUCACCGAGGACGAGUUCCAGCGCACAUACGACGAACCGCAUUUACGCAGCGACAUCGACUUCUCCGCGUCCGCGAUAGGCAUCGACAGCCAGGAAGUAAAAGGAAAAGGAAAAGGAAAAGCUAGCGACUCUACAUCAACCUCAACAAACGAGCCCUCAUCUACCAGUGCCCACGCAGACAGCGAACACCACACCCACACAUGGCAAUCAUCCCUCCCAACGACCGCAACGACCCUACCCACCGACGGCGCCGCCGUCAUCUCCCUCCUCUCCUCCCCAUCCUUCAACCCAGACUUCCCCCAAACAGCCGACGAACCCUUCGAGCCCGUCGAAACCGACCCCCUCCCCCCGCAACUAACUUCCUCCGAGAUCGAGAUGCUCGACUCCUUCCGCCGCUCCGCCACAGUCGAUCCCUCCACCCCCGCGCACCAACCGCACAGACUCACCUCGCUCAGCCUCGUCCCGGACAUCGAUUCCAUCCUCGACAGCGUGCCCGCCAGCAUAGCCACAGACGUGACCGCGCUGCGGGACGCCGUCCUGACGAAUCUACCGGGUGCCGCCGACUGGAUUGCCGUGGAGGAGAGGUACCACGAUGAAGUGUGGGGGUAUCUGCGGCCGACGCUGGAGGCGGCGGCGGAGGAGAUCGAGGUGGCGAAGGAGCAGGGGCGGGAUGCGCUGGUGGAGGAUGGGCCGGCGGUUCGGCGGUUGAAGAUGAUUUUGGGGCAUAUGCAAAGAUAA